AAAAUCUGAAGUUAUAAUAUAUUCCUCUCUUAGUUCAUAGUAUAUGGCAUUCUAUUGCAACCGAAAGUUUCAUCAAUAGUGAAAACUCUUUACACAGAAUAGUAUAGUAGUUACUAAUUAGAACAUCAGAAUGGAGUUCCUCCUCUUUAGUCUUGUUAAUGUAUCAUUUCCGGUGUUCAUCUUUACACCUAUCAUAUGCCUUACAUCUGCAGUCGUUGCUCAUGCUACUGUAUCCCUGAUCAUCUCUUUUCUGCCGACAAUUCAGAAGCUACCGUAUCUGAAGCCCUCGAAUCUACCGCGGAUCAUUUCCAUGUCACGUUUGAAGAGCCAGCUGAAAGCCCUGUGGGAAGAAUUUGUUUUCCCUAUCACCGCAAUCUCUGGAAUCAGAGUUGCGUACGAUCAGAUGAAAGGAAACUCCCUCCGAUUCUAUACUCCCGAGAGCUGGAUGACCUUGGUUUCUUCUCCUGAGCUUAUCGAUGAUAUAAAGAACGCAACCAACGAUCAGCUGUCUCUACACGCCGCGGCCAAAAAGAUUCUCAUGCCGGAAUAUACCAUGAAUGGGUUCAACUGGCAUGACCAGAGAGGGAUUGAAGGCAUUGGAUUUGUCCGGACUCUGCGCACUUUGUUAACUAGUCAUUUGCCUCAAUUGACCCCCGGUGUCCGAGUUAUUGUUGAUAGGACUUUCGCUCAGGAACUUGGGCGAGAGGGGAGUAUAAACGUGCUGGCUUUAUCAAAGAAGGUUGUUACCAAAAUUAGCGCAUAUGCAUUCUUCGGCUUGGAUUAUGCGGAAAAUACAGAGUUUAUCGAUGCCGCGUAUUACUACAACGAAGAUGUGCUCUACGGCUCCGAACUCCUCCGCCUCACGCCUAACUUCCUUGUUCCAUUGGUUGGAAUAUUUAUUCCUUUGUUUCUCAAGCGACAACGAACGUUCUUCUACGGCUUGGUGGCUAUUAUCGAGGAGAGGAUGAAUAAUCCCAACCCUCAAAAGAAAUAUAACGAUGUUAUACAGUGGAUUAUUGACACAUCGCCAAAAUCCAAGCCCUGGACACCUGGGAGGAUGGCCUUCGAAGUCAUGGCAAUUUGGUUCGGCUCCGUGCAAGGUUUAGCAACUACUUUAACAUUUGCUAUCUACAGCUUGUGUGAACAUCCUGAGUAUAUCGACCCGCUUCGUGAAGAAAUGGAAAGUCCCGCUGGCAGCAAAUUCUUCAUAGAAGGGGAAGGCCUUCCGUUGAUGGAUAGCUUUUUAAAGGAGUGCUCACGGUGGACUCCAGUUGAAUCCGUAACUGGACGCAGAUGCACUUUGAAGGGGUUCACAUUUUCAGAUGGCACACACGUCCCAAAGGGAGAAUGGGUAGGCAUUCCAGUAGGUCCUAUGCUACAAGAUGCAUCAAAGUAUCCUCAGCCUGAAGUCUUCGAUGGAUUCCGCUUCGCAAGCCCAAAACUUACGGGGAGAGAGCAUUCGAGACAACCAGAGGGGCCAUCAAACUUCACUGACGUGUCCGAAACAUGGCAUGUAUGGGGCACUGGCAAGCUAACUUGCCCGGGGCGUUUCUUUGUCUCAUAUGUCAUGAAACAUGUAAUAUACCAUAUCCUAGAUGUAUAUGACCCGGAGAUGGUCGAAAAGAACCGCAAGUAUACAAUCAAUUGGAGGACCUUAACAUUGCCGGCCCCGGGUGUGAAAGCCAAUUUCAAGGCCAGAGAGUAGUAACUUAAGUGUACUACAGUACCAGUUAGAGAGUACAAGAAGUACGGAGGCUUUAUUAUGGGCUUUGCUAUGAGCCUCGGUGGUAGUUUGUUUCGUUUAUUAUGAUAAAUGACACUUGAUAGCUUGUCGAAGGCUACUACACACAAUAAAAAAUAAA